AUUUAAUCAAUAUCAAUAUUUCCUCUUUACUCUACUCUCUGGUUUCACCCCACACAAAAAAAAAAAACUCCACUCUCUGGUCAUCACGCUUCUGAGGUUACCGUGCGAAACGUUUCCCAUUGUCGUCACGAAGCCGUUGCUCAUUACCGUGCGCACCUCUCUCUCUCUCUCUCUCUGCACAACAAUUUGCGAAUCACCAGAAAACGCCAUCGCAUACCGCAGGAUUCUGAUUUUUCAUUCAAACGCGAGCUUUAACAUUCUGAUGGUGAAAAAGUUGAAAUCGACGGCAUAGAAGGACAAAUUAUUCAAUAAUUUCCACACUUCAGUUGAAAACCUAGGGUUCCAAUCAAAUGGAAGGAGAAGAUUUGAGGUCAGGGACCAAGAAGCAUAGGAAGAGAUCUAAACCUAUUGAAAUUGGUUUUGAUUCGGAUAAUGAUGAACCGAUUGGUUCUUUGUUUAAGUUUAAGAGGAAUAAGAAGAAGGUUAGUUUUGCAUCAGAGGAAGAUUCUGUUAGGGAAAAGGGGGAUUUUAGGGGUAUGGAUGAUAAUGAUACAUUGGCUAGCUUUAGGAAGAGAUUGAAGGGUCCAAAGAGAGAUCAGGGAUCUGAAAAUGUUUCCGUUGAGGGUCAUGGUGAUGGUUUGGUUGUUGGGGGAUCUGGGAGCAGAACUAAGGGUGAGAAAGGGGUGGAUUUGUUGCUUGGUGACGAUGACAUGCAGUUGCAUCAAUCUUCUGAUCAGCAUAUGGAAGAAGAUUCCUUGUCUGCAAUUUUCCAUAAGGCACAAUCUAAUUCUGUGAGGAAAUCCCGUGGUGCGUUAAGUUCGAAGCAGAAAAAAGGGAAUCGGAAUGUGGAUAGUGGGUUGAACUGUGGCUCCAAAAGUUUCACAGAAAACGUAGAUUCUGUGGUUGAAAGUAGAUCUGGAUCUGUUUCUGUAUUGAAAUUGGUUGAGAGGAAUUUGGUGUCUGAUAUGAUUUGUUCAGUAUCUGCUAUGGAUAAUCAAAAGGGUGGCGAUGACUGUUUUCAAGAGGAAAAGUCCAAGGACAUUUGUGAUUCGAACAUUCUAGAUGGACCGUUGGUUGAUCACUCUAACUCAAUCAUAGCUUGUGUUGAAGAUAGGCAGCAAUUGUCAAGUGUAAAAGUUGAAAUGGUUUGUGGUGCUUCUGACGAAAAGGUGGCGUUGCAAGAAAGAAUGCCUGAUAAUGGUUUGAAUCAGUGUUCAGCCAUGUUACGGGAUAUAGAAAUAAGUGAUACUGCCUCUCCCUCUAAAGUGGGGGAAGGGGUAUGUGGGUUUUCUGAGGCUGGAAGGUUGGAGAAUAGAUUGACUAAUGAAAUAGCGGAAGAACAAGUGUGUAAUGGUGUUUCUACUUCUGCAGGGAAAGAAAUUUCAUUAACUUGUAACACUGAGCCCUUGAUCAAAUCAAAUGAAAAUAUAUUGAAUGAGAAUAAUGCCAUGGAUUCUGGAAAAACUUUCCAGGAAUCCUCAAUCAAUGAAGGUAUGAAAUUGGAAAUUGGGUUUGUUUCUGGUAGAAAUUGCUAUGAUUAUAGUAGUGUAGAUAUAAAUGCUGAAGUGCAAGAUGUUGUUGUAGGCUGUUCUUCUGAAAAACAUGAUGGGAUUGACAUCGGUAGUUUAUCAUCUAUAGUGCCUAAUGAUGCCAUUAAAUCUGAAUUGGUUGUCCAGUCAAAUCACCCAGACAAACUUUUGGAAGUGUGUAAUAUUCCAAAAAACUCUACUGCUUCAAUUCUUAAAUGCAGCUCUGUGUUAGAUCCAAUUCAAUCUGAUGGAUCCUCUAUACAAUCUUCAAUCCCAGAUGAAAAUGGAAACACUGCAGAAUAUCAUGCCUCCAUGUCUGAUUUUGCCGACAUUGGUGGUAAGAUAUCAGGCAUUCCUCGUGCAACACGAAAGACCAAAAUGCAUAAACAUGGUGACAUGACUUAUGAGGGGGAUGCUGAUUGGGAGAUUUUAAUAAAUGAUAAAGCUCUAAAUGAAAGCCAAGGUGCUGCAGAUGGUGAACGUACUCAUAGAACAAGAGCGAAGCAGGAUUCCUCUUUGAAUCCUGUUGAGGACUCUGAAAAUGUUGCAGUAGCGGCAGUAUCUGCUGGGCUGAAAGCUUGUGCAGCUGGUCCAAUUGAGAAACUAAAAUUUAAGGAGAUCUUGAAGCGUAAAGGUGGUCUCAAGGAAUAUUUAGAUUGCAGGAAUAAGAUCUUAAGCCUAUGGAGCAGUGAUGUCACACGUAUUUUACCUCUUGCUGAGUGUGGAGUUAGUGAUAUCCGUUCUGAGGAUGAAAAUCCUCGUUCUUCUCUUAUUAGGGAGGUCUAUGCAUUUCUUGAUCAAUAUGGUUAUAUAAACAUUGGAGUUGCCUCUCAAAAGGAAAAUGUUGAGAGCAGUGCAAGACAUUGUUAUAAACUUGUAAAAGAAAAGGGAUUUGAGGAAAGUUCUGCAGCUUCAUUGGUCGAUUCUGAAGAUGGAGUUUCUUUUAUUGUUGGUCAGACUAAAAUGUCAUAUGAUUCUAUGGAGAUUAACAAUGGUCUAUUAAAGGAUUUUGAAGACCUGACAACUGAAGCUCCAGAAGGCAUGAUGCAUGUCAAUGAAGCGAUGACUGAUCCAUCAAACUUGACACAACUUGAUAGAAAAAAUUUUGAUUACCAGGAUAAUAAUGUUGGGAUUCAGGAUGGAGUCAGUGGAAUUAUACAUUUCAAUGCUAACAGUUCCGUUCCUUCUUUUAAGUUUUCCGAUUGCAGAUUGUCUUCUCUUGUGGCUACAAAGCAAAGCAACGAAUCUAAAUGUGUUAAACAACAUGCCUUAGGUGAUACUCUGCAGUCUGAUUCAGAUGCUAGAAAGAGAGUGAUUAUCAUUGGAGCUGGUCCUGCUGGGCUAACUGCUGCUCGUCAUUUGAAACGUCAGGGGUUUACUGUUACUGUGCUUGAGGCUAGGAAUAGGAUAGGAGGUCGGGUAUUUACAGAUCGCUCAUCUCUUUCUGUCCCUGUGGAUCUUGGUGCUAGCAUUAUCACGGGUGUUGAGGCUGAUGUAGCCACUGAGAGAAGACCAGAUCCUUCCUCGUUGGUUUGUGCUCAGCUGGGCCUUGAAUUGACAGUGUUAAACAGUGACUGCCCUCUUUAUGACAUAGUGACUGGACAAAAAGUUCCUGCAGAUAUGGAUGAAGCAUUGGAAGCUGAAUACAACAGUCUUCUUGAUGACAUGGUACUGGUAGUUGCUCGGAAAGGUGAACAUGCAAUGAAAAUGUCUCUUGAAGAUGGUUUAGAAUAUGCCCUUAAGAUUCGGCGCAUGGGACACUCUGAAGGUAGUGAAGAAACUAAGCAAAGUAAUUCUGAGGACCGUCCAUUUGAUUCCAAAAGAGAGGGUGCUAUGGAACAAAAUUUUGAUGAGGAGAUUUUGGAUCCUCAAGAGAGGAGGGUUAUGGAUUGGCACUUUGCUCAUUUGGAGUAUGGCUGUGCUGCUUUGCUUAAAGAAGUUUCUCUUCCCUAUUGGAAUCAAGACGAUGUGUAUGGAGGAUUUGGGGGAGCACAUUGUAUGAUCAAAGGAGGUUAUAGCAAUGUUGUUGAGUCUCUAGGAGAAGGGCUUGCUGUUCACUUGAACCAUGUCGUAACAAAUGUGUCGUAUGGUAUCAAGGAACCUGGCCAAAAUUAUAAAGUUAAAGUUUCUACAUUGAAUGGCAAUGAGUUUUUUGGAGAUGCUGUCCUCACUACUGUCCCACUUGGCUGUUUGAAGGCUGAAACUAUACAGUUCUCCCCCUCUUUGCCGGAGUGGAAAUAUUCUUCCAUUCAGCGUCUUGGCUUUGGAGUUCUCAAUAAAGUGGUUUUGGAAUUUCCUACGGUGUUUUGGGAUGAUUCGGUGGAUUACUUUGGAGCAACAGCUGAGGAGAGAAGCAAAAGAGGUCACUGCUUUAUGUUCUGGAAUGUCAAGAAAACGGUUGGGGCCCCCGUCCUUAUAGCGUUAGUGGUUGGUAAGUCAGCCAUCGAUGGUCAAAGUUUAAGCUCUUCUGAUCAUGUCAACCAUGCAUUGAAGGUUCUUCGAAAACUUUUUGGGGAGGCUUCAGUUCCUGAUCCUGUUGCAUAUGUUGUGACUGAUUGGGGCAGGGAUCCUUACAGCUUUGGUGCUUACUCUUAUGUUGCUGUUGGGGCAUCAGGAGAAGACUAUGAUAUCAUAGGAAGACCAGUUGAUAACUGCUUGUUUUUUGCUGGUGAAGCAACCUGCAAAGAGCACCCUGAUACUGUCGGUGGUGCAAUGAUGAGUGGACUACGCGAGGCUGUUCGCAUGAUUGACAUAUUGAACACUGGAAAGGAUAAUACUGCAGAAGUAGAAGCAUUGGAAGCUGCACAAGGACAGUUGGACACCGAAAGGAAUGAAGUUAGGGACAUAAUGAAGAGACUGGAUGCAGUUGAGCUUUCUAACAUAUUGUAUAAGAACUCCUUUGAGGGGGCUCAAAUCGUAACCCGGGAAGCUUUAUUAAGGGAAAUGUUCCUCAAUGUGAAAACCAAUGCUGGGCGCUUGCAUGUGGCCAAACAGUUGCUAAGUCUUCCUGUUGGAAACUUGAAGUCCUUUGCUGGAAGUAAGGAGGGGCUAGCUGUUCUCAACUCAUGGAUACUGGACUCAAUGGGCAAGGAUGGUACCCAACUCUUGAGGCACUGUUUGCGUCUUCUUGUGCGUGUAUCGACUGAUCUAGCUGCUAUACGCUUAUCAGGAAUGGGAAAAACAGUGAAGGAAAAAGUUUGUGUACAUACCAGCCGUGAUAUUCGAGCUAUAGCUAGUCAAUUGGUCAAUGUUUGGCUUGAAAUUUUCCGUAAGGAAAAAGCUUCUAAUGGGGGAUUAAAAUUGUCUAGACAAGCAACUAGUGUAGAAUUAUCAAAGAGAAAAUCUUUAAAAGAUUCAGCCUCAGGAAAGCCUCCUCUAAGCACACAUCAGGGUGCUGUUGAGAAUAAAGGAGGCUUGCUGAAUCCUCUAUCUGCUGGAAGCAAUUCACCUUCCACCACACAUGCAAAGAAAUCACACAACAAACAAGGAAGACAACAAUCAGCAUGUGACUCAAGGCAUGAAGUCAGUUCUUCCAGGUCACAAGGUUCAAUAGACAAAAUAGUUACUAAGGAGGAUAAUAACCACUAUGCUAUGUCUGAAGAAGAAAAGGCUGCUAUAGCUGCUGCAGAAGCUGCGCGUACUAAAGCAAUUGCUGCUGCUGAGGCAUAUGCCUCUGCAGAAGCUAGGUGCAGUACUCUGUUACAGCUUCCGAAGAUACCCUCAUUCCAUAAAUUUGCUAGACGGGAGCAGUAUUCACAAAAUGAUGAGUGUGAUAGUAGGAAAAAGUGGCCUGGUGGUUUUUUGGGAAGGCAAGAUUGUGUUUCUGAGAUCGACUCUAGGAAUUGCAGAGUUAGGGACUGGUCUGUUGAUUUUUCCACUGCUUGUGUUAAUCUUGAUAAUUCUAAAAUACCAGUUGACAACCUCUCCCAGAGGAGUCAUUCGAAUGAGAUCGCCAGCCAGUUGAAUUUCGGAGAGCGCUCAGGAGAAAGUGCUGCUGUGGACAGCAAUCUAUAUACAAAAGCUUGGAUUGACACAGCUGGUGGUGGGGCAGUAAAAGACCAUCUGGCCAUAGAGAGAUGGCAAUCUCAAGCAGCUGAAGCUGAUUCAUAUUUUUCUAAUCCAACAAUUCAUUUGAAGGAUGAGGAGGAUUCAAACGCCUAUUCAAGGUUACCUAGCUGGAACCACGAUGGUGUAGCAAAUGAGAGCUCUGUUUCCCAGGUUACUGUAAAUAAGGAUGCCUUCAAAGGUCAUUCUCGAGGAGCAGAUCAUAUUAAACAGGCCGUUGUUGACUAUGUUGGAUCACUACUACUACCCCUUUAUAAGGCUAGGAAGCUAGACAAGGAUGGUUACAAGGCAAUAAUGAAGAAAAGUGCAACAAAGGUCAUGGAGCAAGCAACAGACGCAGAAAAGGCCAUGGCUGUUCGUGAGUUUCUAGAUUUUAAGCGAAAGAAUAAGAUUCGCUCCUUUGUGGAUAUAUUGAUAGAGAGACAUAUGGCAACAAAACCGCAUAGAAAAUCUUAAUAUUCUUUCAAUUGCACAGCCUGUACUUUUCUGUCCUUCUACACGAGGGUUGCCAGAGUCGGUUAUUCUUACAAUUCUUGGUUUUGGUGGUCGUGGGUAUAUUCUCAUAUGAGCAUUUCAAUCUUCCAAUAUGAAUCAUCCAGAAGCUGCAGUUGAAGUUUUAGAUAAAAGUCGAUCGAUCCAAAUCAAGUGAGCUCCGGAAAUUUGUUGUCUUGGAAACCACAAACAGAAUAGAAGUAACAUAUAAAAGAUUAUCGGGUCCAAAUCAAGUGGGCUUUGGAAAUUUGUUAUCCUGGCAAGUGGCGAUCAUGAACAGAAUACUAAACUCCAAUGGUGGAUUACCUGUAAACUCAGAGUACAACAGUUAGAUCUUCUGGGUGACCUGCAUCAGCAGAUUUAAUGAUGACAACAGAUUGCAGUCAUCUGUCCUUAAUACUUCAUCUUUCACGAGGUUUAUACCCCUCACAUUUGAAAUCUUAGACCCCAUUUUUAUUAAAGGGGAUCCCAAUGGGAAAACACUAAUUGACCCUAUCAAUUCUUCUAUUUGUACAGCGUAGGAUUGUUCCUAGUGAUGACAAACAAACAUUCAUAAAUCCAUUUCCCAUGUUCUUCGAGAUACAAUUUUCUUAUUUAAGUUUUACAUCAAUCACUGACUUUUUUUUUUCAUUCUUUCUCCGAAGUGGGAAGAAUGCCGACUUUUGUAAGAUACUUUGCUGCUCUAAUUAUUUUCUUCUCCAUCUCUAUCUCCUUCCUUGUUUGUUCGCGGUGCAUGUAGUACCCUACCUAUUUAUAGUUGAGUCAGCUUCCAAGAUUAUACUUCAAAAAAUUAAUAGAAACUUCACAUCCUUAGCAAACGAGCACGCCAAUUUAGCUAUCAAUAUGGUUCAGGGGAUUGUGCCAUGAGAUGUCCAACAGUACAGGCUGAGAAAGAUUAUGUUAAUUACAGAUGGGAGGUAUUACAUACAAUUUUUAGACUCUCCACACCAGCAGUAUGUAAAUAUUGGAUUAUGAAAUAUGGCUGCCAGGGAAAUUAUAUUCCAUUGGUUGUGUCUAGGGGUGAGUACAUUUUUUAUAUUUUCAACAAUUCCCCUUCAUUUUCGUAAUAUACCUUACCUACUGUAAAUGUUGGUUACUGAGAAUUUUUGCGAUGUUUACAAAAUUAUAUUUUGUGAGUUACUAAGGGAAUGACCCUAAUUUGUUGCAACAUUAUUUCGAACUGCCUGCAUGCUCCAAUGGAAAAUCAUGCUCUUUUCUGUUUUGGGUACCCUUCUGGUAUGAUAUUGCUUCCUACCAUUUCAAAACUGGAAUUUGACAGGGACAAGGUUGUAUCAUUCCUAUUCAGUUGUUUUCUCCUAUCACCAUCUUGUUAUAACUUCUUUGGCUCAAUGUUGCUAAGGAUUAA